AUGGAGUAUGUGACAGUGUUGGAAGAUCUCCAGACAGAGUCUAGCUGCCCCAUCUGUCUGGAUUAUUUGCAAGGCUCAGUGGCCCUCAAAUAUAGACAUAAUUUCUGUCUCUUCCUGCAUCCAACUCUAGAAAGAAAGUUCAGGAGAAAUCAUCAGCUAGCUAAUUUGCCUGAAAUUGUUAAACAAGUCCAAAUCAGAAGAAGCAAGAGGAAGAGGAAGGAAGAGACUCUUGUAUGUGAAAAGCACAAUCAGGUUCUGAGAGUUUUUUGUCAGAAUGACUUAAAGGCUUUAUGUCUGCAGUGUAGUUUCUCCAUUGAUUACCAAAAUCACUAUGGCCCAUCGAGAAAGCUGCCCAGGAUCACAGGAAAAUAUUGA